CACACACACACACACACACACACACACACACACACACACACACACACACACACACACACACACACACACACACACACACACACACACACACACACCAUAAAGGUGCUGUCAACAAAUCAUCCAUCCCAUAAUUCCACGAGUCGUCGCUACGAGCAACGUGCCUACGUUGCUGCCUUGCUCGCGGGACCGGAGUGAGGGGAAGAGGAAUGUACCAGACUGCGAGUAAACAGAGCAUGGAAAUUCUCACACACACACACACACACACACACACACACACACACACACACACACACACACACACACACACACACACACACACACACACACACACACACACACACACACACACACACACGACUGCUCCUGCUUGAUUUGGGGGGAAUUCACCAGCACUUUUCCAUCAGGUCUACAAAGAGUUUGGUCUCCAUGGGUGUGCUACGAAGUCUCUCGGUGCUGCUUUUUGUUUUCGCUGUGGCCUCGCCAACCACGCUGACUGACAAGGACUAUGGCGGCAUCCCCCUGUGGAUCGACCGCUUGCUCGGCGAGCCCAGCGUGCUGAGCCUAGAGGGUCGCUUGGACCGAGCCUGGUACCGCGCCAACAACCCUCAGGCGUGUCCUUGGCAGUGUGACUGCCCCAUUCAGUGGCCCACGGCGCUGUACUGCGACCGCAGAAGUCUGGCUGCCGUCCCUGGGUUCCUGCCAGCCGCAACUCAGUACCUGUUUCUGCAGGGAAACAACAUCUCCUCCUUGUCUUCGCCACAUCUGGCAAACAUCACUGGGCUCCGUUGGCUCAUCCUGGACCACAACCGUUUGACAAGUGACCAACUAGACCGGGGUUUCCUGCAAAACCAGACGCUACUGAAUUACUUCUUCGCCAACCACAACCAGCUGAGCUCGGUACCCGGCGGUCUGCCAGACGGUCUCAAGCAGCUCAGACUCGCCCACAACAAAAUCAGCAGCAUCGUGCCCGGUGAGCUGAAGAACUUGCAGAACCUGACGGUGCUGCUUUUGCAAGGAAACCGACUGAAGACCAUCAACGAGGGAGCGCUCGAUGGUCUCCUUGGUCUUCACCUGCUGGACCUCGGCAACAAUUCCUUCUCAUUAGUCCCCAAACAUUUACCGCCCUUGGUGCAGCAGCUCUAUCUGUCCAACAACUCCCUCUCUGGGGUCGACGAGGACAGUUUGGUGGGGUUGGUGAACCUCAGGCACCUUGGUCUAAGUCACUGCGGCCUGCAGAGCCCCCACAUCCACCCUGAGGCAUUCAACCUCUCCAGCCUUCUGGAACUGGACUUGUCCUACAACGAGCUCGUGAGCGUACCCACGGUGACCACCACCCUGCAGCACCUUUAUCUGGAGGCCAAUGACAUUCUAGAGCUCAACUUGACCAGUUUCUGCAGAGAAGUGGGCCCUCUGAACUACUCCAGGUUGAAGACCCUGCGACUGGACGGCAACAAGAUGUCCUACCGAGAGCUCCCGUCCGACUGGGCCUCCUGUCUGAGAGCCAUCGAAAGUAUUCAGAUUUGAACAGGCGUCGAUAAUAAAAAUCCAACGGCAUUGUCAUUCCUCAACCAUUGUUUCAACUUCGCCAAGGUUUUUCUUGGGACACCGAGUGUGACAUGCUGUCUCGUUUCUCUCAGGAAAGUGGUUCGACUGAGCUGGGAGUAUUUUGUGACGGACAUAUACAGUACACACAACCAUGAACUGAUUAACGUGGACUCCGACUUAAACAAGUUGAAAAACUUAUUCGGGUGUUACCAUUUAUUGGUCAAUUGUACGGAAUAUGUACUGAACUGUGCAAUCUAUUAAUAAAAGUUUCAAUCUAUCAAUCAAUCAAUCAACCAACCAAUCAAUCAAUCAAUCACAAAAACCUGUAGAAUGGGUGGUCCCCAUGAGUAAUGAUCAAAAACUUGGUCCCCAUUCCAAAUGAUAACCUGUGUGUGUGUGUGAGUUUUCUGGAAAUUCAGACUUAAUGGGGACAUUGCUCUGUUUACACAGUCAUUUUUAGGGGACUUCUGACGGUAUGGGGACCAAAAAAACAGGUCCCCUAAAGCAGAUCAACUUCGCCAAGGUUUUUCUUGGGACACCGAGUGUGACAUGCUGUCUCGUUUCUCUCAAGUAGUGGUUCAACUGAGCUGGGAGUAUUAUGUGACGGACAUAUACAGUACACACAACCAUGAACUGAUUAACGUGGACUCCGACUUAAACAAGUUGAAAAACUUAUUCGGGUGUUACCAUUUAUUGGUCAAUUGUACGGAAUAUGUACUGAACUGUGCAAUCUAUUAAUAAAAGUUUCAAUCAAUCAA